GUAUGAACGAAUUUAUGAUGAUAACGUAAAUUAAAAAUAUGUUAGAUUAUAAUGUUAACAUUAUCUGAUGCAGGGAUAUCAGGAAUUUUUUCAUUUUUGAAUGAAUAUGGUAAGUAUUUACUAAAAAGAGAUAUGAAUACUCCAUUCUUGUAAAUAUGUCCAUUCUAAUAUUAUUAUAAAAAAAUUGCUUAAUAAGCCUUAUAGAAAGCAGAUUAAGUAAUUAAAGAAAGAGGACAUUCUAAUAAAUUAGGGUGGAGUAAUGGGUUCAACAGGAUCAUGUGGAAAAGGCUCAUUAGAAGCUUUGUCAUAACUCUAGAUAACAUUGGUCAAUCCAGAAGACUUAAAAGAAUUAGUAAGCAAUCCAAAUGAUAAAAAACACAAAAAUACUAUAUAUGUAUGUCCUUUUAAAACAACAAAUCUUGUUUUAAAUAAACAUGAUUUGUCUAAAGAAUUCACAUCUUAAGAUUAUUAUGAGAAUCUACUUGAAUAUGAA